GCGAGGGAUCGGGACCCGGAGAAUUAGUGGCCCGGAUCCCUUCAAUUCCAGAUGCAAUCCGUGGUAUCCAAAAGUCUCGAGCUUGCAUCGCCAAACGGCAGCAUCACAGCAUCACAGCACUGCAGCACUGCAGCACUCCAGCAUUUGUUCUUGAUCUCCUGGGAACGAGCAGGCCAUAUUCACAAUGUUUUCGAGGACUCUGAGGCCGCUGAGGACGGCCGCCGCGCCACGAACGCUAUCUCCAUUCCGCUCCAACGUCCCCAUACUGGCCCGAAGCUUAGUCACAGAGUCUGCGCCGCCAGUCGCAACAUCACAACCCAUCGCACAAGCACAACCGACGAGUCCAGCCCAGAAACUGCCAUACUAUGUUGGGCGCAACCGCAUGAACAAUAUUUCCGUGUACGAGAGGAGGGACCGCGGCGGUAGCUUGAAGAAGACAUUGGUCAAGAAAGGAGAGGGAAACCUACAGGCUCUGAAGUUCGACAUUGCAGAGGCUCUAGGGCUCACAGAGAAGGAUGUCAAGGUGAACAACACAACGAACCACAUUGAAAUCAAGGUACGUUCAUGCAUAAGACUGCACAAUGAAAUCUCACCGUAUAUUCUGGCCAGUGCUGACAGCCUCGUAGGGUCAUAGGCGAGAGGAUGUU